AUGCAGAAAUCCUGCGCUUCUCCAAUUCUAAUAAAUAGACCUCUCAUUACUAUAAACUACAUUCUUCAAAAAAAUUACAACCUCACCACUGCCAAAAUGACCACCAGCGUGAAACUCAACGACCAAAUCUCCAUCCCCAUCCUCGCCUACGGCACCGGCACAGCCUGGUACAAAUCCUCAAGUGACAACAGCAUCAACCGUGACCUAGUCGAAGCCAUCAAGACUGCCAUCCGCCUGGGCUACCGCCACCUCGACGGCGCCGAGGUCUAUGGCACUGAAGCGGAGCUAGGCGUUGCGAUUAAGGAAAGCGGGGUUCCGCGGGAGGAGCUUUUCAUAACGACCAAGGUUAUCACGAAUAUCGCGGAUAUCCAGGGCGCUAUUAACGAGAGUCUGCGGAAGUUGCAGUUGGAUCACGUGGAUUUGUACCUGAUUCACUCGCCUUUCUUCGCUAAGUCGGACGCGGACCUUCAGUCUGCCUGGAAGGAACUGGAGCAGAUCCAAACUGCUGGGAAAGCUAAGGCUAUUGGUGUCUCGAACUACCGUCGCGAACACCUCGAAGCUACUCUAGCGACAGCGUCUAUCCCUCCCGCUAUCAACCAGAUCGAAUACCACCCCUACCUCCAACAAGGCGAUUUGCUUCCAUUCCACCAAGAAAAGGGAAUCAAGACAGCUAGCUACGGUCCCUUGACCCCAAUUACUCGUGCUACGGGGGGUCCUGUUGACGUGAAGGUGAAGGAGUUGGCGAGUAAGUAUGGAGUUUCGGGGGGAGAUGUGUUGCUACGGUGGUCGAUUGAGAAGGGAGAUGUUGUGAUUACGACUAGUGGGAAAGAGGAGAGGUUGAAGGAGUAUCUUCGUGUGUUGGAAUUUCAAUUGGAGGAUGAGGAGGUGGAAGCGAUUUCGAACCUUGGAAGGGAGAAGCACUAUCGGGCUUUCUGGAGGAAGCAGUAUGGGGAGGAAUAG